UUCUAGACUACCCGAAUUUGACGAUAUGCAAAAUGUCAAUUUAAACAACCCGAACCCAAGAAUUUUAAAAGACAUAUUUCAUUUGAUGGACAUGAUCAAGGUUUCAAAGCGGCACGGCCUAGCAAAAGAUUUCGCGCGUCGUCUCCGUGAUGCAAUUUUCAUUGUUAACCAACAAGAUCGAGACUAUCGAUUACGCCACAACAUUAAUGUUGGAAUGGCAAACAGAUACGGCAGAGUCCAUAAAAGUCAUUACAGUCCAUGGAUUACUCAAACAAUUUGUCGGCUACAAUCAGAGCUCAACAUUCCUGAUAAGGCCGGGGCAGCAAAUGCGCUUGUUGUUAAAGAUGCUUUGUACAUGCGCAUGUCGGACGAGACUUUCGGUAUUGCCGGUUUCCCAAGCGACGUUGCCAGUAUAUUAAACAUCGACAAAGUUGACCACCAAGCAGUUGCACUUAAUAAUAUAGCUGCCCGAAAAGAUCCAUUAUUGCCUCAGAAACUUAGCACGCAGCUGAUAUUUCCUGAUGGGUCCACAAGUAAAAAAAAGGACGAUUGUAUACUUUCAUUGCUUCACGGCUCGGCACAAAGUAUGCUGUAACUCCCGUGCACACCCAAGAGGAG